AUGGCGACGCAUAUUACAAUUCUCAAAACAAAAGAUCGUCGGAGGAAGACAGCAGUGCAUCCAAAAGCAAAGUCGCAAGCAGUUAUAACAACUUCUCAAAGGAAAAGUAAGUCGGAAGAAGACAGCAGUGCGUACAAACGCAGCGUCGCAAGUGGCUAUGAAGUAACGCCGAACAAGCGAUACUACGACUAUCCUUACAACUACGGCUUCGGCAUACCAAACAACUAUUACGGUAGACCUUUCUACAAUCAGGGAUAUCCUGGAGGAUUCUACAAUCAAGGAUUCCCCGGAAGAGACUACAAUCAGGGACCUAAUUGUCAAGGCAGUCAAGGGCAAAACUACGUGACUGACGCCAAAGCUAUCACCGUGGGUAUCGCAGAAGCUAGCGGUACCACUGGCAAAACACAACCAGGUCAAGGCAGUCAAGGACAAAACUACGUGACUGACGCCAAAGCUAUCACCGUGGGUAACGCUGCAGCUAGCAGUAACACUGGCAAAACACAACCAGGUCAAGGCAGUCAAGGACAAAACUACGUGACUGACGCCAAAGCUAACACCGUGAGUAUCGCUGAAGCUAGCGGUACCACUGGCAAAACACAACCAGGUCAAGGCAGUCAAGGACAAAACUACGUGACUGACGCCAAAGCUAACACCGUGAGUAUCGCUGAAGCUAGCGGUACCACUGGCAAAACACAACCAGGUCAAAGCAGUCAAGGGCAAACUUACGUGACUGACGCCAAAGCUAUCACCGUGGGUAACGCUGAAGCUACCAGUAACACUGGCAUAACACAACCAGGUCAAGGCAGUCAAGGACAAAUCUACGUGACUGACGCCAAAGCUAUCACCGUGGGUAACGCUGAAGCUAGCAGUAACACUGGCAAAACACAACCAGGUCAAGGCAGUCAAGGACAAAACUACGUGACUGACGCCAAAGCUAACACCGUGAGUAUCGCUGAAGCUAGCGGUACCACUGGCAAAACACAACCAGGUCAAGGCGGUCAAGGGCAAAACUACGUGACUGACGCCAAAGCUAACACCGUUGGUAUCGCUGAAGCUAGCAGUAACACUGGCAAAACACAACCAGGUAAUUAUAUUUAA